CACCACCCUUUUCACACACUCGCCGUCUGUCUGCCACUGGGUGCGGAGCGUGCGUUCGUGGAACAACCGAGCGCCAUGGACGGAGUGUACAAGCAAGGAGAGGAGCACACUCUGUCCCCGUUUGUCACGACGGAACCGGAGAGUCAGAGGCGGACGCCGCCGAACAGAAGCAGGCGUUGUAAAAUCAUCUGUGCGGUCGUCUUUAUCUGCUUACUCAUCAUCAUCCUUGCACUGAUAAUUCCCUACAAACCUCCCCAAAACGAUGAUGGUGCGCACUGGCUGCAGCACGUUGACUCUGUGGCAAGUGAACAGCCAAAGUGUCCACCAAGUUUCACCAGGUCGCCCCUCAUCCUGGUAUCCUUGGACGGUUUCCGAGCAAAGUAUCUGAAAGAUCACAGCAGCCACAUACCCGUCAUCAGCAAGUUACGAGCCUUGGGUACAAGCGCGUCACAUAUGAGGCCGGUGUAUCCCACAAAGACGUUCCCGAACCACUACUCGAUUGUCACGGGCCUUUACCCAGAGUCCCAUGGGAUCGUCGACAACAAGAUGUACGACGUCACCCAGAAUAUAUUCUACAGCUUGAAAACGGAGGAGAAAUACAACCCCAGAUGGUACCAAGGAGAGCCGAUCUGGAUCACCGCCAUGCGGAACAAAUUAAAAACGGGAACUUUUUUCUGGCCCGGUUCAGAUGUGGCCAUCAAUGGCAGCUUCCCAGAUUUCUACAAAGUCUAUGACAGAAGCACCAGCUUCGAAACCAGAGUGUCGACGCUGCUUGAGUGGCUGGAUUUAGCUCAAGGAAAACGACCCGACUUUUACACGUUGUACCUGGAUGAGCCCGACUCAUCGGGGCAUCGCUACGGACCAGAAAGCAGCCAGCUCAUCGACGCCCUAAAGAAUGUGGACCGCAUUAUGGGGAUGCUACUGGAUGGUUUGACGCAAAGGGACUUGCUCCACUGCGUCAACCUAAUCAUCAUAUCGGAUCACGGCAUGGAAGAAGCAACGUGUGAACGGGCAGCAUUUGUGUCUUCCUACCAGAACGACACCGACGACUUUGCGGUCAUACAAGGCGCGGCGGCUCGUAUCAGACCCAAACGCCUGCCGGAUGAUUUCUUUUCCUUCGACUACGAGGGCCUGGUGAAGAACAUGUCGUGCAGGACUCCCGAGCAGCCGAUGAGGCCGUACCUUAAAGAGAACCUGCCCAAACGCUUGCAUUUUGCCAACAAUUUGAGGAUCGAGAGAGGACACCUGUAUAUGAGAGAAGGCUGGCAGGCGGCGCUAAACCGCAAGGAAGUGAAGUACUGCUCUGGCGGCUUCCAUGGUUCCGAUAACAUUUUCGCUAACAUGCAGGCAAUCUUCAUUGGUUACGGUCCGGGAUUUAAGAGCGACACGAGCGUGCCUCCUUUUGACAACAUUGAAGUGUAUAACCUCAUGUGCGACCUUCUCGGCAUCCCUCCCGCUGCGAACAACGGCACGCACGGGAGCCUGAACCACCUCCUCGAGAGUCCCGUGCACUUCCCCGUUCACCCCGCGCAGCUCUCCCACGAUACGCCCUGCGAGGUCGCCGACUCCCGCCCGGUUGUCCACCUAAACUGCACGUGCGAGCCACUUCUAGAAGGGGCAAAGGGCGAAGACAUGGACGCGAUAAUGGCCGCUCCAAAUGCCACUGUCAGAUGGCGUUUACGUCGCCUGCACCAUCCUUUCGGCGUUCCCAGCGUCGUCCAGCCGGACGCGACCUUUUGUCUGCUUCACCAGCCCAACUACAUCACAGGCUACAGCCACGACCGUCACAUGGCUCUCUGGGUGUCGUAUACCGUCCCGAAUCCGGCCACAGCAAAAUCCCCGGACGCAUCUCGGGAGGCAUGUAUUCGCGCCGACGUCCGCGUACCCCCGGCCACUAGCCAGAUGUGCGCCAAUGACAACACGCAAGGCUUGCUCUAUCCCCGCAGCCUCAAUGUCAAAGACGGUACGCCAGACUCACUCAUCACAAGCAACAUGGUGCCAAUGUACCCCGCGUUUAAAGAUGUUUGGAACUAUUUCCACGGCGUCUUGCUCCCAAAGUAUUCGGAGCAGUUGAAUGGCGUCAACGUUAUGAGUGGCCCGAUAUUUGAUGAAGAUUACAACGGAAGAGUGGAUGCUUUCAAGACCCUGGCGCCAAACGAGGCCCCCACGCCGACGCAUUUUUUCGUGAUCCUGACCAGUUGUAAGAAUUCCACGUUUGGUCCCGGUAACUGCGAAGGUCCCCUCAGGGUCAAGUCCUUCAUCCUGCCACACAGAGCUGACUACACCGAGAGCUGCGGCACCGGCUCAGAUUUAACGUGGACGCAGGACUGGAUGCAGCUUCAUGUGGCCCGCGCCCGUGAUGUAGAACUGCUGACUGGACUGAGCUUCUACCACGACAGGUUGUCGGUGGAAGAGACAUUGCAGCUCAAGACUUUUUUACAUACUGUUUGAAGUCAAUUAACGGUCGGUUAAUUAUGACACUUAAAAUAACUGUUGUACAUACUCAAUGCCAUACAUCGGUUGUAGAUUUUGUUCAUCGUGUCAUGAAAUGACUUCACUUUGCCUCUGGAGGCCAGAGCCAAAGAUGGGCUGCUCGAAACUUGCCCAGUUGAAAUGUGGGUCCAUGGUUUCGAAGCAAUCUUGCCCGUAAGUGCAUCUCAAUCAUUUAGAAUAUCGCGGAAAAAUACAACUACUUCAAUCCUGUAUUACAAUUCAGAAACUCAAACUUAUUAUGCAGACUAAAAGAAAUACAUAGGAAAGAGUUUCUAGACGUUUCCACCUCCCUUCUGCAUUAACGAGGGAUGGACGAGUACCGAUACCAAGUAUCCAUACCAGGCUGAUACUGACUCUUAUUUCAAGAUAUUGGGUUCACGCCAAGGAUGCCGAUACCAGUCACAGAUACUUAAAGCAACAACAACAACAAAAAUCGGCUGUCAUUUUAUUACUUGAAAUUUGAUGUAUCAAAAAAGUACGAGUACUACCGGCGGUUCUUGGUAUCGGCGCGUAGUCGAGUGAAUACUGGUAUCGGUCUGGGAAAAAAAAAUCCUUCAUAUCAACAAUCAUAUUGAUUGCCAAAUUUCUUGAGAUGCUAAAUUUGUGGUCCUCACCCAUAUCAUAUCCAUUUUUUUUCGAUGUUCAUCUAUUAUUUCCUCAACUUGUGAAUCGUGGCGUGUGCACGUUUGCACAUGGUCUCACAUUUGAGUGUGUAGACCUUAGAAUGUAAAGUGCCGGUGUGUGUGAGUGCGUGUGUGUGUACUGUAUUUCUGGACUUGUGUGGACUCCCAUUUGACUGGGACUCAAAAUUUGUUCCGCUCAAGGGUGAACGCAGUAACGUUAAACAUUUUCCUUUUGGUCAGUUAAAAAUGAAUAUAUUUUGUGACCGUGCAAAUCCUUGAAAAUGCUUUUAUUUUAAAAUGUUUUGACAGAACUCAAGUGUUAGUUUUUUUUUCUAGUUGUACCAUUUUGUUUUAAAUUAAUAAAUACAUACAGUGAAA